AUGGACACCGAAGGAGAUGGUUCUGAAAGUUUACCUUCUUCGAGCUCGAAUCCAAGCGAAAGUGGUAAACGAAAGUCAUACAUUGCUAGCAAAGGAAGAACUAGAAUAUACUUGUACGAGCAAUUCGUUCCAUGGAGGGAGUUGAAAGGGGAACUAAACUUUGCUACCGACAAACAGCUUGCAGACUUCUUGAUGAAAGCAUGUUUAUCCGGACGGGAAAGUGCUGUGAAAUGGUAGGUUACGUAUGUAUAAUAGUCGUGAUAAUGUUUUUAUGGUUAUUUAUGAUUGUGCUUAUUUCAGUCAUAGUAUUAAAGCAAUCAUUGGUUCAGAUCGGUUAAAUAUUUGAUGUUUUUUCAUAUUUUAAUAGCGACGCGGGCACACAGACAAAUGUCAAUGAUGUCGAUUCAAUCUUUUCAUUUUCAUCUCCUAUGCGCCCUCGUAAGUAAUUUAUAUUCAUUAAUCUCGCAUAUUUCUCGCCUACUAAUUUAAAUUUUCUUCGUAAGCUUUUAUAUUUCGAAAUAUUUGUGUUGUUUUCAUAGUGAUGUUUUCUACUCCGGUACGUAUGAACGAAGAUGUCACAGCGACCAAAACACAUGACGAACAUUCCAGGCGGCAGCUUCUCUCGGAAUCCACGAUUUCAGAAUUAUCAAGGUAUCUUUUUGUUCAAGUCCAAUAUAAUUGUGUGCUUUAUAUUGAGAAGCAGUAGUGUAUAUUUUACUACAUCAUGAAGACAAAAAAAUUGAAAAAAUUUUUGCCAAAACAUCACAAAUUUGUGUCAAUUUUCUCAAAGCUUUGGCCAGUAAUAAAUCUUAAUUUGUUUGUAAAUUAAUAGCAAUUGCCAUUCAGUGUAUCAUUAUUUUUGUGGGCUUUUAUCAAUACAAGCAAAGUAUGUUCUUGUUAUUCAAGUAAAUGUGUUCGUCGGCAUUCAAAUAGCUGCCAAUCUUAGAUAUACAUAUAUAUACUAAUUGUUUACAUUUGGAUAUGCACGUUUCUGGGCUGCCUUAAAUGUUAAGGGAAGCGUCACAUAUCGAUUUUCUAAUGAGAAACUGCUAAUUUUCAAUUUUCAUUUUAAAGGCAUGAUGAAAAAAUAGGUACGCAAGGCGUACAUGUAUCUGCGAAAAAACUUGAUUCACAUUUUGUAUUUUCUUGAAAGGAACUGAAUAAUGAAGGUGACAUGGGACAAUUGAAAUAUUUCAUCACUUAUUAUAAUAGCAGAUAAGAUUUAAAACAGGGCUGUACACAGCGGGGAGGGCGGCAGGGCAAGUGCUCCCCCCCCCCCACACACCGAGAAAAUUUAACCAACUUUAUAAUGUGAUUAUGAUUGUAAGAGAUAAUUAUGCAGUCAGGAAAUAAAAAUUUCAUGCAAACAAUGUCUAUACAGCCGGCUAUUUAGUAAACUGUCACCUGUCAAUUCAAUCCAUACUCAUCAAAUUUUCAAAACUUUAUUGUAAUCAUAUGAAGCAAAAGUUAUGUCACUUGUUGUUUACACUUGCCAAUGUUAACUGUUGAGUAACAUACACAAAAUAUUUGGUGAACAUGUCGAAGGCCACUGAAUAAUUGAGAAUGUUUUGAAGGUCAUGCGUGAAGUAUAUAAUUAAAUUCCAGUUCUGUGCACGGUUAAUGAUAUACCACACUGUUCGGUUUAACACGUACAGCACAUUCACACAAAAACAAUUGUGUUGUGGGAGAUUAUCGGUUUGAGUAGAAGGUAUCACAAGUUUAGUUUUGUACAUUUGUGCCAUUGAUCAAAUCCACCAUAUAAUAUAUGAUUAUUCAUUGUAGCUGUUAAGUUAUUUUCCAUACUAAUGAAUUUAGGUAAGAUUGUCUUGCAAGUUGGUUGUUCUGACAAAAUUAUCCAGCCAAUAUCCAAUACAUUUAUUCUUCAUUCUUGUAUUAAUCUCUAAAGAAAAAUAUUUAUGUUAGAAAGCAAAAUGACAAUGUAAUGAGGCUCGAGAGGGUGAGGAUUCUUUUAUUUGAAAAUGUUUGUAAAAAUUUUGUUUAAUUAACUCUAAUGUGUAAAACCAAAAUGUAUAAGUAUUUUAACUGAUAACAUCUUCAACCUUUGCUCUAACACUACAUUUGAUGACAGCUUUAUAGUUGGAUCGACUGUUGUUGUUAUGGAGUCAAUAUACAGAAAUACAGGACCAGGAUUUAAUUCAAUAUCUCCUGAGAACUGUUCAAUAGGUUCCUUUGAUAUUGUUAAUUGGCAAUAUUGCCUGCUAUGUUUUCACUGUUUAAAAUAUUACAGAAGUCACAGAUGGAUUGUUUUUAUUAAUACUGUAUAAAUCUUUUUGUGAACUAUGUUGACAAAUGGCUUAAAAUAUCCUCGAAAAUAUCCAAUAUUUUAUACAGUGUAAUAUAUUAAUAAAAAAAUUCCAGAGUGCAUUCCAUGUCAACUCUACGCCGAAGAUACGUACGGCAAUAUCAAUUCUUUAUUCUGUGGCACUAUUAACUAUAGAUAGUAUAGUAAAUAUUUGCCGAACUGGCGAACUCAUGUAUUAUAAAAUAUGUGGGACAUAAUAUUAAUAUAUUUGCACAAAUUUGGUAUUUAAAUAUAUAAUAUGUGGUAUUUGACUACUUACCAGAUGAGGAUAAGAUUCCAUGUUGAUAAAUAACUUCAAUUCAAGAUAAAUUGAUAAAAAUAUCAAGAUAUUUUUGAAACAAAACACGAUUUAUACACGAGGCCUGACGAGGCUAAAGUAUGCCCGUUCGCAGGUUAGAUGCGGGCACGAUGUAAACAAUUGAUGUAAACUGAUCGGUGAUUGGCUUAAAUUUGCAUAAAUUGGCUGAAUUAUAUAAGCCCAUCGCUGAAUGGCUACGUGCUAACACACGGUACGGUACGGUACGUUUGCGACAGCAAUAUAUCUGCUUCGCAGAUACAAAAACGCUUACCGCUCUCGAGCACCCAGAAGUAGAAGAUUCUGACGCUGACGAUCACUUGGAUUUAGAUAAACUGGAACAAACCAGAAGUUCUUUGUAAGUCCUGGCAUACAUAUAUACAGUAUUCUUUUUUUAAGUUGAUUUUCCCAUGAGAAACUCUGGAGACCCACCCACUUCCACCCCCUCCUUGUCUGUUAGGGAAGGCCUGACUGCUUGCAUGCUAAUUUUCAUUUUUUAUUUUAAAGGCAUGAUGAUGAGAAAACGCUAACCUCUCUCGAGCAUCCAGAAGCAGAAGAUUCUGACACAGAUGAUAGCUUGGAUUUAGAUGAAAUUGAACAAACCAAAAGUGCUUUGUAAGUCCUGACAUACAUAUAUACAGUAUGCUUUUUUAAUUACAGUCAAUCUACUUACAAGUGUGGAAAAAUGUUGCAUAUUAGGGACCGGUCAUUAUUUAUGGAAGGGGGGGAGGGAAAAAAUGAGGGGGGCCAUAUGUAUAAAUAAAUGACUAGAAGGGGGGGCUAUUAAAUUUUUCAAGAAAAUGAGGAGGGGGGGUUGCAAUUAAAUUUGAAGGAAUUUGCUUAAUAAGCAUGGUAUCCAUUUGGUUGUAAUUGCAACUAAAUCAUGGUCACUGGUGUGAAAUAGUUUGGAUUUAUCUUGUCUUCUGUGUGCUGUAUGCAAAUAAGUCUUUACUGAUAAAUUGGCAAUGUAUUAUUACAUCAGCUAUCUUGAUGUGGUUAAAUACAUUUAAGCAAGGUUAACGGCGAAUGUACUUUGCAGGCCACAUCCACUGAUGGGAGUCUGUGACGUCAUAUCGAUUAAAGGGGGUUGUUUCGCGCCUUGUGAUCAGUGCUUCGGUCUGGGUAUUCAUACUGCCAUUGUAUGCUUUGCCUAACUGCAGCAAGUUUAGCGCUUAGAUACCCUUCCCCCACCCACCCCACCCACCCAUGUUUAUUCUAGAGGAUUUUAUCUGGUAGUAGGUCAUUUUAUUUUAUAUAAUUUUUAAUCUCACAUAAAAUAAGAUGUAUAGACCACUAUACACUAUAUUUUGUUUCCACUGACUUGUCAGUGUGACUGGUGCCGGAGGUAUGCCUUGGCAGAAUGUCCAGAAUUGUCAUGGCUAUCUCCUUUUGCUGUCAAUAUUACUGAUUGUUACUCUCAUUGAUAUGCAGCUGCUAUGGCAAUAUUUGUGCCAUCAAAUCUAGUUACAGCCUUGGACCACAAACGGCACCUGCCUCCAAACACUAAUAUUAAUUCUCUGCCGUUAAACAUGGUUACAAUCGCGCAGAUCAAAUGGAAACCUGAUUUUAGAGUUAUAAAUGAAAAUACCCCUCUUUUAUUUAUAAUUUUCUGCUAAUAUAUAUUUUUGGUCGACGUUAGUAUCUUGUCUGCUCCAUAUUCUUAUUUAAUUAAUAAUUAACAUUAUAACGCCUGGGUAUCCCCAUUUGUCGAGUAAAAAUGAAAAUGGGGGGUCAAAGUGACUGGUCCCUAAUAUAGUACAAAGAAGUGUAUGCAGUGGGUUGGCUGGAGCAGUUUUCACCAGGCUUUACAUGUUUAUUUGAAUCAAUGAGAUAUUAAGUAGAACUUCUGUACUAAAAUAUUAAUGUCUGCAUAUUUUUAUGUUUUAGAAUAAAUGAUGUUAUGGACAAAACAUUUCCAGAGGAAGAAGUGUUUGACAUGUUGUUGGGUGAAGAAGAUGAAUUAGAGGAUCCAGAGUUGUCUUUAAUUGAGGAUAACCCACAGCAUGCUGAUUUUCCUAAGGAUAGCAUACCAGUACCAAAUGUUCUACCUUUGCAGCUUUCAGAAAUGGAAAAGUGUAUUGUGUUCACCGACAAAAUCCUGGAACUGUUGCAAAAAAUACAUGGCUCUCAUUGCAAUAGACCUGGUUGUUGCAAAACAUGGGAGUUCAAGAAAACAUAUGUGGGUAGCUGUCUUGUUGUGACAUGGAAGUGUUCAUCAGGUCAUUUGGGAGGAAGCUGGUCUUCCCAACCGAUGUUCAACAAAAUGCGAGCUGGGAACUUGUUACUUUCAUCCUGCCUUCUCUUGUCUGGAAAUUCAUUUACGAAAAUAGCAUUGUUUUUCAAGUUCCUCAACCUCAAGUUCAUUUCGAAGAGCCUUUUUUACCAACACCAAGGUCUAUAUGUAGCUCCAACUGUGCAAGGCUAUUGGGAUACAAUGAGGCAAAGACUUGUGAAUGAAAGGAAAAAUAAAGAGAUUCUUCUUAGUGCCGAUGCUAGGAAUGACUCGCCAGGGCAUUGUGCGCAAUAUUGCACAUAUACAAUCACUGAUAUGGAAGAUAAAGUUAUUCUACAGCAAGAUGUUGUAGAUGUACGUGAGGUAGAAGGCCGGAAGAGCACAAACAUGGAACGUGUUGGUUUUGAGAGGGGGAUGGAUGCUAUACUAAGCACUGAGAUUAUUGCAAAAGAAGUAAUAACUGAUGGGCAUAUUGGAAUUGCAUCGUUAAUGAGUAAGUUUUUUAUGAGUAAUUUUGUUUGGGACUGACAGUCACAAUGUGGCAUGCAUGUACAGUAGAUGCAUUUCCAAGGUUCUAACUGGAUUCAGAUAAAAAUUAUUUUGUUGUUUUUUAUGGAGGGCAAUAGGCAUGCUGGACAGACCACAGAAAGCAUACCACACACCUUAGGCUUCCGCUCGUUCCGCCAAUAGUCUGCCUGGAGUGUCCCUAAUCAUGUCAUGAUUUUGCAAGCACAUUUUAAAAUAAUGUUGUCUGUCAAAGGCAUUGCCCUUGGCUUGCAAUAGAACCAUAAAAUGUAUUUAAUUUCUCGAUUCUCUGUUUUAUAGUGCUGUGCUAACUCAGGGUUUUUCACCACUGGCUCCAGCCAAAAAAACUCCGGCUCCGGAGAAAAACAAAAAUUUCCAGCUCCGGAAAAUUUGUGAAAACUUCCCUUAAUGCAUGUGACGCUUCCCUUAAUAGAAAAUUUCCAGCUCCGGAAAAUUUGUGAAAAAUUUGUGAAAAAAUUGUUUCAUUUAUGGUAGAUUCAUGAAUAAAUGGUUUGAAACAUUUUUAACAGGUCACUGUGAGAAGUAUGCUGAUAUUGUACAUCAACGAGAUGUCUGGCAUGGUGGGAAAAAUAUUGGGAAAAAGGUCACAAAUGUAAGUGGACUUUCUUUAGUUUUGCUAUUUGUAUAAAAUAAUAUUGCUUGCAGUACAUCAUACAAACGUAUUUGUUUUGUAAAUCGUAAUACACCUGUACAUUAAUAAUUUAUUUUGAUUGCACUCAGACAGUAGACCUAACCUUUUAUCACAAUGAGUGACAGGUUCGUACCACUGAUAGUAAGCUAGACAGGCAUCAGACAACAUAAAAUAUAUACUAAACUAGUUGGUGCAUUUGAACAAUGCCUGCUAAUAGUUAACAAUAGACAUUUAUAAAUUCAUCUUCCUUUUUGCUUAGUACAGUAUGUGCUAUGAGUGUUUGCACGGAGUGCUGUAGAUUAGUCAUACAGUAUAAUUUGAUUUUAGACAGAGUGACUGACAAUUGAAGGUAGGUUCCAAUGAACAAGGUUUUCUGUUUUAUCAUUGUAGGUAGCAAAGGAAAAGGGAAAUGAAGAUUUGUUGCAAUGGUCAGGGGCUGUGAAAAAUCAUUUUUGGUAUUGCAGUCGCCAUUGUGAUGGAAAUGUUAAUGAUUUUAAGGUACGUAAGUACUACACUGUCAGCCAACAUUUACAGUACUUACUGUUACUUACUGUAUUUUUUUAUUAUUAAUUAAAGUGACUUUAAUUUACAGUUGCACUUAUUGCAGUUGACCUUAUAAUUUUGGUCAAUCACCUUAUUAAAGGUCCCAAGACCAAGAGUUGGGGGGGGAGGGGGGUUUGAGGCUAAUUUCAGGAGAACAUUUUUAGGAUUUGUGGAGAGGAAUACUUCACCAUGUGGUAAACGAGCAUGAAUGGCCGAUAGAUGAUGGUAAAAGUGCUGGAAAAUGUGGCCACGAUCCCCUUAGUGAUGAAGAGAGGGAAAAGCCAUGGUUGGAAAAGAACAGCAAGGCACAUAAGGCGCUACAAAAGAUUGUGUUAAGCAAGAGAUUCCUGAAUACAUUUCCAUAUUUUACUAAUUUCAGGUAAGGGAAGAUUUAUUUUUUAUUACCCAAUCAAUAUUGUUGUUAAAAUGGUGACACUGACAGUAUACAAUAUUCGACAACAUGGUACAUAACUAUAAAUUUUAUGAAUAUCACUGAUAUUAUUUUUUAUAUUUGAAGGCACACAGGUUUCCUCGAGUCGUUCCACAAUCACUUGUUGAUGUAUUGCCCAAAACGACAUUCAUACUCGUAAGUAGUAUAAUUGUUCAUUAGCCAGCAUAAACAUUAUUUUAUAUAAAACAUUUGAAUACGCCAACCCACUCACCACCAACAUGCAGUAUAAUUAUGGACUAGCACCUUUUGGUGGGUUACAUUUUAGUGUGUUACGGUACUUAAGAAGAGAGAGUACUGUACCAGAUAUCACAUUGGCAGACAGUUUCAUUAACUUAUGCGCUGUCCUGCGUUGUUUUACUUUCUAAUGCCAGAUGAUUUUAUUUGUAUAAAGUCUGAAUGAAAUGUUCAAUUUUUAUUUUACUUCUUAGGUAUGUUGGAUACAAGUUAAGGAAUCAACUGGCUGUCAUCGACUUCAAUAGCCAUAGGAAUCGACAGCCUUGUAAAAAUGCUGCUGGAGAAAUUGUGUAUGUAACUAAAUUUUUUUUUUGGGGGGGGGAGGGUUUCGCAUAGAUUACAGUAUAGAAUUGUAUUUGCUAUAAUACUAUACAUGUAGCUGCAUUAUCAGAAUACAUUUGAGAAAAUGGGUAAACUUGCCAAAAAAAUAUGUAUACUAACUGGUUACAAGAUUUAGGUUGAAUCUUGUAUGUAUACAACAUGAAGUAGCAAACUGUGCUAACAAUGUCUUGAAUGUUCUUCAAAUGCAUAUAAUUAUAUUUUAUUAUAUUUUUAUUUUGAGUUUCUAUUUUUAAUGUCAGACACCGUGGCCAGUACAGCAAGCGUACAAAACAGUGGCGACCAGUUACUGUCCUUCAACCAAAGGAUUAUGGUUAUAUCCCGACGCUUAUUGUGAAGAUCUUUGAGGAGCAAUUGAAAACUGGAAAUGUUAACAGAAAAAUUGUGAGAGGUGCAGAUGACCCAAGGAACAUCGCUGCAAACAUUGCAGUAACGCCAAGACCAAGUAUUGAACAUCUGCUACAAGUACAUAAGUCCAGAUUCUAA